AUGUCCUCUCGGCCUGUUACUGGCAUGCGGUCGCAGGGCGGCUUCAGCGGGACAGGUGGCGCGUUUGGCAGCACAAUGUCGGGCGGCAUGCGGCCGACCACCACCUCGGGCGGCGGCACGACGUUGGGCCGCAUACAGGCACAGGUGCAGGAUGGUAACUUCACCUCCACGGUGUACGGUUACAUCCGUGACCAUCAGUAUGACGAGGCAAUAGAGAUUCUCCUCCAGCAGCUGGAGGAGUUCCCCCGCAGUCGUGCUGCCAUCUCUCUUAUUGCCUACUGCUACUACCACGUUGGCGAUUUCGCGGAGUCAGCGCGGAUGUACCAGCAGCUUGUGAAGAUUUGCCCCAACGUGGAGGAGUACCGCGUGUACCUCUGCCAGGCGCUCUACAAGGCGGGGGCAUACGCAGAGGCGAGCAAGAUGUGCGGCAUGAUAGAAUCUGAGCAGUAUGAAAUGCGGCUGAUAAAGCUGCAGGCCUCCAUCGCAUAUGAGCAGGAGGAGAUCCCGCAAACUAAAUCGUUCCUCGAGAAGUGCCCGGCCGAAGACCCCGACGUGACGAUAUUGCAGGGCUGCGUGCUGUGCAACGAGGGGAGCCACGAGGAGGCGCUGGCCAAGUUCCAGGAGGCACAGGCCGGCCUCGGUUUUAAGCCCGACCUCGCCUACAACGUCGCGUUGACGUACUACCGCAUGCAGCAGUACGGCCCGUCGCUGAAGCACAUCGCAGAGAUCAUUGAGCGCGGCAUCCAAGAGCACCCGGAGCUCAACAUUGGCAGCAACACGGAGGGUAAUGAGGCGCGCUCUGUGGGCAACACGCAGCUGCUAAAGGAGACGGCCCUUGUUGAGGCCUUUAACCUCAAGACGGCAAUAGAGUUCAUGAUGAAGAACGUGCCGGCUGCGAAGGAGGCCCUCACCGACAUGCCACCACGCCUCCAGGAGGAGCUGGACCCUGUCACGCUCCACAACACCGCCCUCGUGAACAUGCCGGAGGACCCCUCUAGUGGCUUUAGCAAACUCAACUUCUUGCUGCAGAACCCACCCUUUCCACCGGAGACGUUUCAGAACCUUCUCCUCUUCUACUGCAAGUACCAAUACUUUGACCUCGCGGCCGACGUGCUGGCGGAGAACCCGCACCUCAGUUGGAAGUACCUCUCCCAGAAGAACCAAUCCCUCUACGACUUCCUUGAUGGGCUUAUCACGGCGCAGACCUCGCCCGCUGAGGCGUACCGAAAGUUUGACAUUCUAGCACAGAAUCAUAUUGAUCAACUUCGCAAACUCACCAAAAAGCUGCAAGACGCAAAACAGAGUCAUGAUAAGGACAGCGUUCGUUCAGCGCUGCGAAACUACGAUGACGCCCUGGAAGAGUAUAUUCCUGUACUAAUGGCACAGGCGAACAUCUACUGGGAGAUCGAAAACUAUCCUAUGGUGGAGAAGCUCUUUCGCCAGUCGGCGGAGUUCUGCUCUGAGCAUGAGAUUUGGAAGCUGAACGUUGCCCACGUUUUCUUCAUGCAGGAGACGAAGUUCCGUGAAGCUAUUCGUUACUACGAGCCUGUGGUGGAGACAAAUGAAGAGAAUCUCCUCAACUGCAGUGCAAUCGUGCUGGCCAACUUGUGUGUGGCGUACAUCAUGACCGCUCUCAAUGAUAAGGCGGAGGAUAUUAUGCGUCGCAUUGAGCGCGAGGAGGAGAAGUUGACCUACGCCGAUCCAGAGAAGCAGCCUCUGCACCUUUGCAUUGUGAACCUUGUCAUUGGUACUCUGUACUGCUCCAAGGGCAACUUUGAAUUCGGUAUCUCGCGCAUCAUCAAAUCUCUGGAGCCGUACCACCGCAAGAUCAUGACAGACACGUGGUUCUACGCCAAGCGGUGCUUCCUCGCCCUCGCAAUGCACCUCGCGAAGCAUAUGGUGGUGCUCAAGGACGCUACCUUCGAUGAGAUUCUUAACUUCUUCGAUCAGGCGGACCACUACGGGGAGAAGAUUCCUGCCUUUGUGCAUCCCGACCCGACAAAGCAGGACACCUCCACAAAGAACACCGUGCGAUGGGAGGCGCGGCAGCUUAAGCACCUCUACCUCCAGCUGCGUGAGUAG